AUGGAUCAUCAGAAGAUGUGUGUGAUACGGGCUCGGCGUCGAUUGGCAGAUGCGCGGGCUUCGACGCGGCAUCGGAGAGAGAAAAACCCGAGAAACCGGGUAGUCGAUGUCGACGUCGACCGCAAACCCUGCAGCGUUGGAGCGUCUCUAACGCUGAGCUAUCCGACGAACGCCUACGGCGGGGGCCCCCGACACCGCCGCGCCCCGCGAGUGUCUUCGCCACACAGCACAGUGUCGUCGUUCUCCGCCGCGUACCCUCCGCAGGGGGGGGUGAAGAGGGAGAGGGUCGACGCUUCGGCUGCGGCUGCGGCGUUGGCGCCGACGGAGGAGGCGGAGGUCGAGAAGGUGGUGACGUCGUCGCGGGGGGCGAGCGACGCCGAGGAGGAGGACGGCGGCGUGAGGAAGAAGCUAAGGCUCACCAAGGAGCAAUCCGCGCUCCUUGAGGAGAGGUUCAAGGAGCACAGCACCCUCAAUCCGAAGCAGAAGCAGGCCUUAGCGAAGCAGCUGAACCUGCGUCCACGGCAAGUUGAAGUUUGGUUCCAGAAUAGGAGAGCAAGGACGAAGCUGAAGCAAACGGAGGUCGACUGCGAGUUUCUGAAGAAGUGCUGCGAGACGCUGACCGACGAGAACCGGCGCCUGCAGAAGGAGCUGCAGGAGCUGCGCGCCCUCAAAUUCGCCGCCGCCGCCGCCCCCGGACCGCUGCCGCCGCCGCAGUUCUACAUGCAGUUCCCCGAUUCCGCCGCGUGUUGAUCCUCAGGCACAAAAUUAAGUUGGUAAUAUUUAGAUCAAAUAUAACAUAUAAUUAAAAACACCCAUACCCUUAGAUUUUUUUUUUUUUUUUACUUUCCUAAUUUCAGUUUCAACGAUGAUCACAGUAGAGUUAGUUGAGGGGUAGAAGAUCAUAAUUAAACAGUGUAAAAAGCUUAAGGGGAAAGAUUAUUCUCUAUAACUUCCUUAUGUUCAAAGGUAAAUUAAUUACAUAGCUAGCAAGGUCCUAAUUAAUUAAUUAAUAACCCAUUUCUUUUGGUUGUGGUGAUUACUAUGUUGCCCCUACUUUUAUUUGACAAUAUUUGUAUAGAAAAAAAAAAAAAAGUUUGCAUUAAUAAUUAGCUUGUUUUAUUAUUUUUUGGCUAUUAUUUCUCGAUUCGAGUUCGUACGUUAAUACAGAAGAAAAGCAACUUUUCUUAUUCAAAGACUCUCGAAAUCUCUCUAUUGCACUGGAAGAGUAACGAUUUUUAAUCUUUUGACUCAAAAGCUUAUUUUGACUUUGUACAUGUAUGUAAAAUUAUAUGGACUAAUUAUAAAUUUUUAUAUUUUUAUA